AAGCAUUGCUCUUAGGAAAAAACCCUAAACAUUAAGUCAACAUCACUUGAUUCCUAGCAGGAGUGUGGGCAGACUUGCAGUUCAUGUCCUUCUGGAUAAACAUCCUGGUUACUGUAGACAAUGGCAUUACACCCACGAAGAGUCCGCUUGAAGCCAUGGCUGGUGGCCCAGGUAGAUAGCGGGAUGUAUCCCGGCCUCAUCUGGCUAAACCGAGAGGCGAAGCGGUUUCAGAUCCCCUGGAAGCACGCAACUCGGCACAGCCCGCAGCACGAGGAGGAGAACACCAUCUUCAAGGCAUGGGCUGUGGAAACAGGAAAGUACCAGGAAGGAGUCGACGAGCCUGACCCUGCAAAGUGGAAAGCCCAGCUCCGAUGUGCUCUUAACAAAAGCCGGGAAUUCAAUUUGAUGUACGAUGGCACCAAGGAGGUGCCCAUGAAUCCUAUUAAAAUUUAUGAAGUGUGCGAUAUCCCGCAAUCCCAGGGAUCAAUCAUUAAUCCAGGCUCCACUGGCUCAGCUCCGUGGGAUGAAAAGGAUAAUGAUCUUGACGAUGAAGAGGAGGAGGAAUUGAAUCAAUCUCAGCAUGUCCCUAUUCAAGAGACAUUUCCAUUUCUUAAUAUCAAUGAUUCUCCAAUGGCUCCAGCCAGUGCAGAAAACUGCAGCCCCGAAGCUGUGUGGCCAAAGAAUGAACCUCUAGACAUGGAAAUGCCCCCAACAGCACUGCAGCAUGACUUCUUCAGCAGCCCUGAGCUCUGGAUCAGCUCUCUACCAAUGACAGACCUAGAAAUCAAGUUUGAGUAUCGAGGGAAGGAGACCGGGCCGACGACGACUGUAAGCAACCCGCAGGGAUGCAGACUUUUCUAUGGAGAGCUGGGUCCUAUGCCAGACCAGGAAGAGCUCUUUGGGCCCAUUAGUUUGGAGCAAGUGAAGUUUCCAGGAACAGAGCAAAUCACCAAUGAAAGGCAGAAGAUCUUCACAAGUCGGUUGCUGGAUGUUAUGGACAGGGGACUGAUCCUGGAGGUCAGUGGCCAUGCCAUCUACGCUGUGCGGCUCUGCCAGUGCAAGGUGUACUGGUCUGGUCCCUGCGCGCCUUCUUCCACCACACCAAAUUUGAUUGAGAGGCAAAAGAAGGUCAAACUCUUCUGUCUGGAAACGUUCCUAAGCGAGCUGAUUGCCCAUCAGAAGGGACAAAUCGAGAAGCAGCCACCAUAUGAGAUCUACUUCUGUUUUGGAGAAGAAUGGCCUGAUGGAAAGCCCAGGGAGAGGAAGCUGAUUGUGGUUCAGGUCAUUCCUGUGGUGGCCCGGAUGAUCUAUGAGAUGUUUUCGGGUGACUUCACGCGCUCCUUUGACAGCGGCAGCGUGCGCCUGCAGAUCUCCACCCCUGACAUCAAGGACAACAUCGUGGCCCAUCUGAAGCAGCUCUACCGCCUGCUGCAGAACCACCAGGAGGGGUGGCCCAUGCAGGCGCCCGCCAUGCACAUGGCGCAGCCGCUGCCGGCGCAGUGACAGGUGCGUGGCUCGGCCCCGGGCUUGCUUUAUGUUGUACAUACAGAAAAAGUUAUUUCUUACCGAGUGCCUUGCCUAAAUCUGAAUAAAAUCAAUGUAAAUCUGGGCUUCU